GAAUAGCGUUGGUGUUGAACCGUGUCAGUGAUUGACGUGAGAAAUGGGAGGAGGAUUGGUUCUGCUCUUGCAGACUCAGUUCAGCCUGCAUGGUGGCGUUCAAUGCUGUCAGAAACUUCAUACGGGGCAGAGGAAAGGAAUUAUUUGGAUCUUGAGGACAACCUGUUUUCCAAACGUUUUGGUAACCUCCUUGGAGUUUUAAAUUGCAUCUUCAUAAACCGGACAAUUUAAGUUAACGCAGCGUUGUUUGUCCCGGCGAAAACAUGACGCACAAAUGAUGUUCAGCAUUUCUAUAGAUGGAGGUUCAUUCUCUAAAAACUUGGAGGACUUCGACUCUAUUCGCAGUGUUCUCCUUUACAGUGACCUGGAACCAGAAUGGCUGGAUGACAUCCAGAAGAAUGGCGAGCUCUUCUACCUGGAGCUGAGUGAGGGCGAAGAGGAGGCUGCGUUGGCCCAAGCCGCCGCCAAUCGAGGUGUGGCCACUAAUCAUGUCCGCUUCAGCGAAAAGGAGGCCGAGAUCAUCACGGAGCAAAACAAGAAGCAGCGAUGCAGUUCACGGACAAAAGGUGAGCCCACACUUAAGAGGCUAGCCAGGAUCUUGAGGAGAAAACGCCGGCCAUCUCAGCGCAGAGGAGGAGGGAAGGACGGGGGUAAAGAAAACUCAAAUUUAUCGUCACCUCCAGCAUCCAUCCUGAAGAACCAGCCCGGUCAAAGGCAGGGUGUGACGGUUCAGCAGCAGCAGCUGAAGGAAGUGUGUGUCUACCUCAACCCUAAACGUCUUGGAGGUUCUUCAACACCUCUCAGUGGAGGCCUGCUGGAAGCGCUGUUGGGGGUUGUACAUCGGCCCUCCUGGAGCAGAGGGCAGGGAGCACCUGCAGAGGUCACACAGGAGGAAAGACUGUCCGUUCAUGGAUUAAUACCGAACAGCCCGGCCAUCAAAUGUGGCCAAAUCCUAAUAGGCGAUGUGCUCGUAGCAGUGGACGAUGUGGACGUGACGUCGGAGAACAUCGAGCGGGUUCUGUCCUGCAUCCCGGGACCAACUCAGGUGAGGCUGAUGUUGGAGACGGAGGCUCUGGUGGGCAGCAGCAGUGUUGGAAACACUUCAUCCGUCCGUAAGACGAAGGGGUCUCCUCCAGUCAGCCAGCUGGUGCGUCUGCUGUGGGGGGAGGACACGGCCGAGCUUCAGAUGUCCAUAGGACACAUCCCGCACAUUGUCAUGUACCUCUCACUUAAACUGGACUCGGCAUCACCGCAGGACGAGGAGGAGAUCUUGUACCAGUACCCGGCGUCUGAAGCAUCCGGCCAGCUGAAAGGAGUGCGGGGGAUCUUCCUCACCUUGUGUGACAUGCUGGAGAACGUCACAGGAGGGCGGAUACUCAGUUCUUCUCUCCUGCUCGGGAAACAGCUGGUACAUGUGGGCUACUGGAAGGAGAGCAACAACCUGGUGGUCAUCGGCCUCCCCGCUGAGAGGGUCCCACUGCUGUAUCUGCAGAUGGUGGUGGGAGACGUAGUCCGCACACUAAAAGUGAUGUACGGCUCCUUAGACAGUGCGUUCUGUAAAGCGGACCAUGCUCCCAGGUUGGACCACUUCUUCUGCCUGUUCUUCCAGCAGCUCAUCCAGCCAUCUCGCUUGAGGGACGGCUCCUCCGCCCCGACCCCCGACGUCUCGGGGACCCUUUUUCUCGACGGACUGCCGGCGGUCCGAUGGCUCACGCUGCCUCCAGAAAUCAAGAUGGAGGUGGAUACUGUUCUCUCUGAUUUCGAGUCUUCUGAUUUUGGAGAAAUGUCUGAGGACUUCUUUGGCCUGAGGCGUCUGUAUGUAAUUCUUGGCUCCUGUUUGUUCUACAAGUCCUACCUGAUCGCCAACCAUCUGCCUAAAGAGGACCUGCUGGAUGUGUGCCUGUACUGCCAGCACUACUGCCUGCUGCCGCUGGCCUCUGAGCAGCGGGUGGGGCAGCUGGUCAUCUGGAGGGAGGUGUUCCCCCAGCAGAGAGCUAGCAGCAGCAGCAGCAGCACAGCCCCAGGCUACAGCCAGCCGCAAGGACGGCACUUCCUCCUCAUAGUGGGUCUGAGACACUUCAUGCAGUGUGUGCUGCUGGAGGCAGGAGGCUGUGCGUCACCAGCUUUGGGCUCUCCAGGUCCUGAUUGUGUUUACGUAGAUCAGGUGAAGGCCACCUUGCUGCAGCUGGAGGUGUUGGAGGCAGGUAUUGAGGAGCGUCUGAACGCUCCACCUGCUCCCUGCCUGUCCUGUGCUGACUGGUUCCUGCCUGCUGCCGCGGCCCGCGACCGCCUGGUCAGCGCGGCCUCUUCCUCCCCCGUCUUCAGCAAGCUAGCCGGCGCAGUUAAAGGCUCCUCCACAGGGUACAGAGGCCGCAGCCUGUUCGGGGAGAAGGCCCGGAGGUCCAGCCCCCAGAGAAGCCUGUCGGACAGCGGGAGUGAGGGACAGAUGGAUGCUGGGGCAGGGCAGACCUCACUGGCUCCCGGCCUCAGUCCACAUUCCACCCCGGAGUCAGGGAGAAGGCUGGUGGGGCGUCGGGACUCCCUGACGUCUGGAGGGUCUGAUGGGAGUGGAGGCAGCGGAGGCCUCUUCAAGAUUCCUAGGAGGAAGCACCCAAACCCAUUCCACCUGGGCACGCUGAAGAAGACCCUGACGGAGAGGGAGACGGAGGAGAUGUACAACACCAUGAAACUGACCUCGGGUGCAGAGAACACCUUGUUCCACUACGUCCUGAUGGAGACUGUUCAGGGGAUCUUCAUCGCUCCGACUAACAGAGAGGUGGCUCAGCUCAGCGGCUCCAUCCACCCACAGCUCAUCCGCAACUUCCACCACUGCUGCCUCUCCAUACGGGCCGCGUUUCAGCAGAGCCUGCCCGCCAGGGGCCGUCGGGCUGCAGACCGGCCUCAGGGCGGGGGUUGGGGUCUGGGUCCAGUGAAGGAACACGGGGUCCUGUUUCAGUGUAAACCUGAGAACUGGACCGACCACAGGAAGCCUGCUCCCACCAUGACUUACUGGGUUAUAGGGCGGAUGCUGCUGGAGCCCGUCCCUCAGGAAUUCUACGUGUGCUUCCAUGACUCGGUGGCAGAGGUGCCCGUAGAGAUGGCCUUCAGACUCUCCUUCGGCCUGGCCUUGUGAUCAUUGUGACAUUGAAGGACACACAAACAACAUUUCUCGUAGCAUCUGUUGAAUUCUCAGGUGCUUCUGUGAUCGUUGGCUGCGUGGAGUCUUUCACAGACGGUUUGCUGCAGAUAACGGCAGAGCCGACUGCGGCCCGACAGCAGCGAUAAGCAAAUAGCAGCUCGGCUCUGGUCAUGUUUGUGUAACUGAACAGCCACUCGAUCAGUGAAUACCUCAGACACUCUGAUAAGAGCAGUCGCCCCGACAGUUUACUAAGCUGGACCAAUAAAAUGUCUGACAGAGCAAAUAAGGUUUUUGCUUUCAGUGUUAGGAAAACUUUUCAUUUGUUACGUAAUUUAAGAUGUACAGUUUUGUAUGGGAAAUGAGUCAUUUGUUACAAACUUGAUGAAAGAUGUAUAAUACAGUCUUUUAUUCUUUGA